AUGGAUUUGGGUGAAGGCGGCGCAACACCAGUCAUCCUGGCAGACUGGCUGGACCGGUUGUUGACCUCGUGGCAUGACCAUCGAGUCGUGGUGUCGGCUCUCGUCCUGCUGUGCCUCUUCCUCGUCUGGGUGCGCCGGCACAAACAAGUACGCAGAGUCACAUCACACCCGUCUUCUCCCGGCUUAGAGAAGGCCGACUGGCCUGGGCAGACUGCAGAUCAGCCUUCAAACAAUGUCAAGACUGCAUCGAAAGAGGCUCAACUGGCCAAGACAGACCAGACUCGAAAAACUCGACCGACGGCGGCGCGGGUGGUGACAGGCCGCAAACCGACCGGCACAAAAGCAGAGCGCAGUCUGCAACGACAAGCAGAGCCUUCUCAAAUACAGCCCAUGAUAUUCUUCUCAUCUCUGACUGGGACCACCGAACAGCUCACCAAACAGGUAGCAGCUGAACUCGAAAUCUUCUCAAACUCCCAGUCUUCCAUCCUCAAGCCGCAGUUGUAUGACCUAUCGUAUAUCGACCUCGACGACUACUUCAUCUCAGGUCCCAAGACACCUGUGCCCCGACCGAACGUCCAUUAUUUCUAUCUAUUGCUCAUUCCGUCCUACGACAUUGACACGAUCAUUAACACCGUGCUCGCCCACCUCGAUGAGACACACAAUGAUUUCCGCAUUGACACGGCGCCUUUGUCCACAUUGGCAGGAUAUACUGUGUUUGGCAUCGGCGACAAGGAGGGAUGGCCCAGCGAGGAAAAGGGCUUCUGCUCACAAGCCAUCGAAGCGGACAAGUGGAUGGCCAAAUUGACGGGCAGGAAGAGAGCAUAUCCCAUAGGAUUGGCAGAUGUAAAGGGUAACCUGACGGGUGCACUUAAGGACUGGAUUGCUGGAGUCUGCAGUGUUUUCGAGGAGCUCAGUAUAACCGGUACCUUGGGCGAAGGAGUGCCUGGAAGCGGAGACGCCAUUGAGAGUGCAGACGAGGAGGAAGCGGACGAAGGAGAAGAGGAAGACAUGGAAUUCCCCGAUUCUGGUCGCAACAAGAGGCGAAAGCUCGCUGCUACCACCGAUCUUGAGGACGUUGGGGGAAAGAAUGGCUCUCCACUGGCGGUUGACUUCACCACUUACUCUUCUUCGGCGCCCGUAGCUCUGAAAGCCAUGGUGCCCAAAGAAUCCCCGACGCACGCAGCGCUGACGAAACAAGGCUACACCAUAGUUGGCACACAUUCUGGGGUUAAGAUCUGCCGUUGGACCAAAUCGGCUCUGCGCGGCCGUGGUUCGUGCUACAAGAACUCGUUCUAUGGCAUCGCCUCGCACUUGUGCAUGGAGACCACCCCGUCUCUAUCAUGCAGCAACAAAUGCGUCUUCUGCUGGCGACACGGCACCAACCCCGUCUCCACGACCUGGCGGUGGCAAGUCGACGACCCGCAAGCCAUUUUCGACGGCGCUAAAGAAGGCCACUACAAGAAGAUCAAGAUGAUGCGGGGCGUGCCAGGAGUGCGAAGUGAUCGGUUCGCCGAAGCCAUGCGCAUCCGCCACUGCGCUUUGAGUCUGGUCGGCGAGCCCAUCUUCUAUCCUCGGAUCAAUGAGUUCGUAGGUCUGCUACACAGCGAGCAAAUCUCCAGCUUUUUGGUCUGCAAUGCCCAACAUCCGCAACAACUGCGGGACCUGGACCGAGUCACGCAGCUUUAUGUCAGCAUCGACGCCAGCAACAAGGAUAGCCUGCGCAAGAUCGACCGGCCUCUUCACCGCGAUUUCUGGGAGCGGUUCCAGUCAUGUCUUGCUAUCUUGCGUGAAAAGCGGUUCGUCCAGCGCACCGUGUUCCGACUUACACUGGUCAAAGGGUUCAACGUGGACGACGAGGUGGAAGGAUACGCCGACUUGGUUGCCAAAGGUCUCCCUUGCUUCAUUGAAGUCAAGGGCGUGACUUUCUGCGGGACCAAUGUAUCGUCGUCCGCUGGUUUGACGAUGGGGAAUGUCCCCUUCUACCACGAGGUCGUGACCUUUGUUGAGGCCCUGGACAAAGCCUUGGUGAAGAGAGGUCUGGACUACGGUAUUGCCGCUGAACACGCUCACAGUUGCUGUGUGUUAUUGGCCAGCAAGCGCUUCUUGAUCAAUGACAAGUGGCAUACCGUCAUCGACUACGACAAAUUCUUUGGUCUGUUGAAGCAAGGCGUGGAAUUUGCGCCCGAGGAUUACUGCAAACCAACGCCCGAGUGGGCGCUCUGGGGCAACGGUGGAUUUGAUCCGCGAGAUGUACGGGUCGAUAGGAAGGGUCGUCCGAAGGAGCUGAAUGAUACUGUUCAACGCGGGCUGGCGGCGGCGGUGGAGGAUUUUUAG